GGAGAUAAAAGCCUUCACUUCUAGCCUAGUCACAGAGCGCCAGUGCACUGAAUUUGAAAACAAACACGCCUAACGGCUACCUUAUACUCCCAAAAUAAUCAAUACAUCUGUAUUGUUCUCCCAAAAUAAUCUACCUUCUCUGUAGUAGAUUCGCAAAAACUCGAAUUCAUAUCUAAUUCUCUAGCCAUUUUCUCUGUUCUUUGAUGGACUCCUCUACGCCAGAUUUGAGGCGGCUCAAACUCAGCGCCGGCUCGAACCCGUCUAGAAAGGUCCGGAUCGUUGGCAAAGUAAGAAACUUCUCAGAUCAAGAGUUAGGGUCUCUCAGCAAUUCCAAGCCAUGGGUUACUGUUCACAAACCGCGAGAUGACGACCCAUCUGGAAAAACCUCUAUCUUGUUUGGAGAAAAAGGAACCAGCCGGAAAGAUACCUAUGAACUAGAUUAUUGUUAUGAGCAAGGAGAAGAUGAUGUUUUGUUCUCAAAAGAGAUAAAGCCUGCUAUUUCUCAUAUCUUCACUGGUAAAAGUGCUACAGUUAUUGCAUAUGGAGCUAGAGGCAGUGGCAAAACUUGUACUGUUCAGGGUUUGGCUACUUCUGCAAUUUGUGAUAUCCUUUCAAGAGCAGAGGAAGUUGGAAAGAAAGUGUACAUAUCUUUCUUCGAGGUGUUUCAAGAGCGUGCAUAUGAUCUUUUAGAUCCAAAUCAAAAUGAGGUACAUGUAUUUGAAGAUUCUCAAGGCAGGGUGAAACUUAGAGGACUUUCUCAGGUCCCAAUAAAGUCUAUAUCAGAGUUCCUAGAUAUAUAUUCUUGCAAGGAAACAUCAUCCAAACAACCACAGAGGACAUCAGUUGCAUUGUUGAGAAGGAGCCAUACGGGUUUGAGUGUAAACAUUUCAUCUCUUGAAGGAAACCAGAAUGACAAACCUAUGGGUGUGAUAAACUUUAUUGACUUAGCUGGAUACGAGGAUUCUAGAAGUAGUACUAAAGAUGGAACAGCACUUGCAGAAAGCACUAGGAUAAACAGGUCCCUCCUUUCCAUAAUGAAUGUUGUGUUUGCACUCAACACCAAUGACAGUCAUGUACCAUAUCGAGAAAACAAACUCACUCGGAUGCUAAAGGAUUCUCUGGGGGGAAACAACUUUACGCUGAUGCUUGCUUGCAUGAAACCACUCUUUUGCCAAGACACCAUCUACACUGUAAGUUUGGCUUCACGAGCAUGUGAAAACAUCAGGAUUGCAAUUUGGAACUCUACCACAAAAUGUCACAGUUCAACCAACCGAGAUAAGCAACGAGUCAUCCCCACAUCAAGUGUGAAAAAGCAAAAUACGGGUGGUCAUAAUUUAUCUUUAAAAAGAAGCACUAACCUGUUGAAUGGAAGGAAGCUAUUCAGUGCUGGCAAAGCAACAACUUCUAAGAAGGAAAAAGUGCCAUUAGAUGAUUCUUUAGCUUCUAAGUCUAUGCAUCUCCAAGACAGUACUUUCAUAACAGAGUCUUCCUUGUGUAAAGAGGAGGAGGUCCCUCUGAAUAAUUCUACUGUCACAGAAUCUGAGUUUCUUCCAGAAGACACCCUUUCCUCAAUAAAGUCUUCCUUAAAUAAAGAGGAGGAGUGUCCUCAAGAGGUGAAAAUUACUUCACCCACUCAUAGGAGGGAAGCAUUAGGAUUAACAGGUGGACAAGGUGGUGGCAUUGACAUUGACGAGAAGGAGAACAACAGUUUUAACACAAACAAAGAUGGGUCUCCCUUACUAAGUGAAAGACUUAGAGCAUUAGCAAAUAAUUUAAAACAGUUGCAGGCUUUCACUCCUCCACUGGGUAUACAAUUGCCAGAGGGAAGCCACGCAUUGGCUCUUCUUGACCCAGUGGAACCCAAAACUCCAGUUGCUGAAAAUGAGUUUGGUGUUAGUGAUAAUAAGAAAUUGUUUAUGACCAAGUAUUAUAGUCCUUGGGAGGAAUUUAGUGAGAAUAAUACUAAAGUAAAGGCUUCCUUUGCUCGAGAAUGUAUUAAAUUUUUGAAUAGUGCCAGCAAGGAUGAAUUGAAGCGACUCAAGGGCAUAGGAGAGAAAAGAGCUACAAACAUCCUCGAGCUUCGUCAGGAAUCUCCUGAACAUUUCAAAACACUUGAAGAUUUGCAAGAGAUUGGUCUGUCAGCAAAGCAGGUAAAGAGGAUGGUCAAAACAAUGGCCACAGAUCUUCUCGUUUAAGCGCACUUCUUCCCUGAGUUGGCAAAGGCAAUAGAGGUUGCUAUUCAUUUUUAGUGUUGAUCCUUCUUACUAAACUUCACAUUGUUUAUAAAUGUUUGGUCAUGUAAUGACAGUAUAUCAAUAUAUAAAUACUUGUCAUGUAUUAAUAUAAGGGUCCGUGAAAGGUAAGCAAUGACUUCUAUUAGGAUGGGAAAACUUACUUUUGUCCUUAGUUGUUACUUGUUAGAAUUUAGAUCUGUACAAAUGCGGGGAAGGCUGCUCAACAGG